AGCAAAGAAAAAGCUAUUGACAGUAAAGGAAAUGUCAGCAAAGGAUGCAAGAAGGUCAAGUCCAACCAGUCACCUCAAGGUACAAAUAUAGCAGCAACAAUGGUCGCACAAAACUCAUUGGCAAAACUGAACUUAUCUACGGUAGUCUAUAAUCGGCAAAAAAAGGUAUUGAAAACUGGCAAUCAACAGCAGCAACAGCAACAAACUUGCAAUGUCUCCCAAGAGUCUAACUGUGAUAACCUAGUGGUACAAUCGCGCGAUGACAGACAGAGUAAUAGCAACCCUAGAGUAAUGUUGAAUGCUCAGCGCGAUGUCAAAGGUAAAAAUUCCAGGAAACGUGCCAAUAAUCCAAUUAUAGCACAACAGGAGCCCAGCCCUGAGAAACAGACGAAGCUCACAGAGGAGAAUCCGGAGCAUUCCAACGCUUUGUUACCCAAGUUAGCGUCUAUCCAACGCGCCGGCAAAAUAUCAGUGAUACUAGCUAGCAAUUCAAAAUCUAUCAAGUGCAAAGCAGUUGAGACUGCGGAUAGUCAACUUGCUAAAAACUGUGAUAUUGACUCAUUGAAGAGUUGUUCCACUACUGGCAACAUGGUGGAGACAUCCUCGGGACUACUCACGAGGGACCAGAUCCGCCUCUUGCAAGAGCCGGUCUUCAAAGACGAGAAGAACCGUGAUAUCGACACGGACUAUAUGAACGGCGGGAGUAAUUCACAGGAGCAGGAGGAGGAGUUGUUACAGUAUUUUCAAAGUAGCUCGUCUAGUUCUGACGUCGAAGCUAACGAGACUCAGGACAAGGUGUCGCAACUGCGAUUGAUAUUGCAACAGAAUUUGAAAGCAAAUCCCGUUAUUGCUGAUUUGACACCCGUGACUGUCGUUCGGCAAAACGUUGCCGUGGAGAAACGGGACCCCGCACAGAAGCACAAUCUCAUACUCCCGACACUUCUAAAUCACCCUAAUCCGGGCAGUACGCGACGUCGUGUCAGUUUUGAAACGAAUGUCGAGCAUGUCCAAGAGGCGGCAGCACCGAGUGUAGCCAAUACUGUGCCACAGAGUCCAAAUACGCGACGUAGAACAUUUAACUUCACCCCAAUCUCACCCGGACCACAUUCUCCCAUUAACGGCCGCGCAUCCAAGUCAAACUCGGCGAACGCAAGUCCAUUCGUAUCUCCGCGUAAUACACCAGUGCCGAGAUCACGCAGUAACUUGCAAGCCGGCAGUUCCAGAUCGCGCGGUCAAAAGACGCUUUCUCGCUCCAUAUCGUGCAGCGUGCCGUAUACCAUCAAAACCACGGAUACGUUUAUUGUACCAACAUCGAGCGGAGCGGAACACCCGCGGCAAGUGCUGACAGUGGCAACGACUAAGUCGUCGGAGGUCGUUCUGAAGAGACCACCAUGUACUGCGUUUCUGGACUUGACACCUCAGAAACAAUUGCUAAUCAAUUAUCCGAGUCAAGAGAAUUUACAAGAGAUCAAGAACAUAUAUCAGAAGGGUCAGCCACCUCUGCCCGACCAGGAGAUCACGGAGCUUCUUCAUGCUGGCAGACACUUGCCAAUUAGUAACGAGCAAUUAUACUAUAGAUCGCAAUCGGUACCGUUACACAGGAUGGUGAAUCCCAUGUCCUUAAUGUCUCCAAUUUCUACGCAGCAAUGUCUAUCAUUGGUGCAGAGUCAGAGCUUUAAUCCGUCGACAAGCAGUUCCGUUGCACCUACCCCGGUACCGAGCGAGUACAAUGACUUCGGUUCUUCCAUCGGACAAGAGGGCACGUAUCUGUUGGAUGACACAAACUUCAUGUCGGAUGAGCAGCAGUUUUUGAUGACGGACAAGUCGAUCACAUCCGAAAAUAUUAAUAACAUUCUUACGAUCUUAGACGAGGAUGGUCAAUCAAAUUUGCAAAUGUUGUCUGAACAGACUACGGAAGAUACAUUGAACAACGCGAUUGUUCUUGACGCUUUGCCGAAUGCCAAUUUAAAUCUGUCGGAAGAAGAUAUGUUGGAUCCGUCGAGCAUUCUCGACGCUGGUGGCGCGUUACAGAAAAUAAUGCAAUCGCGAUCGUAUCCGAACACGCCGCUGCCGGCGCCGGUGUCCGCGUACACAUCGUAUACAGAGGACAGUAACGGCUCCAGAUCGUACCCGUCGACACCUCUGCACACAAUACAGUCUCAGGAGGUGUAUCAAGAUCCAGGCGAGCCAAUAUUGUCCAGUCCCAUUCUUAAUUCUCUCAGUUUACAGGGCGACGCAACAAACACCUCCGUGACCUGCGCCACGGCCGGCACUGAUGUCGAUGUCACUGCCGUAGCCGCUUCUUCCAGCAGUCUCUGCAGGAAUGUCGCUGAUCUUUUGGAAGCCAGUUUUCUCGGAGAAGCCGACACAGAGACGGACGAUCUGGAUCCUCUUGGUAAUUUUGAUGGCCUGCAAGAUAUGGAUUCGUUGACGCCGCUGUUCAACGAAGUCACGGAGCCUAAUCGCUGAGAUCAUCUCUUCGGUCUAUCGUAAAUUUCGCAUUUGCACAGGGAGGGGUGUGAUAAAAUAUAGACUGUUUGGGUCCGGUGGUUCUCAAUCGUAUUAUCUCAUAGACCAUUUUAGAGUAAACGAGAGGCGAUUAGAAGCAAGAUAUAUAAGUGAAUUUUAAUAAGAACUAAGAUAUUAUUCAAUUUUAAGAUGUAGGAUGUUUCGAAAACUUGCGUAUCUAUUAUAAUGUAAUCUGAUCAUACAAUUUUAAAUAUUUUAAUUAUUUUUUACUACAAAUUAUGUAUAUAGAUUUCUUAUAGAAAACAUUAUUUCAGCUUAUAGUAAAUUAUAUUUUGACAUGCAAUUUACUAUCCAGGCUGUAUCGAUGAUUGUUUAAUCUUCAUCGCAAUAAAAAGUAGUAUUGAAAUGAUGAUAUCUGAGACUUUGGAAAAUUUGUGAGACUUUUAAAAGGUAUAUUUUUAAAUUAUUAAAGAUUAUAUAUCGUUAAGUAUAUGAUAUAUAUCAUUAAAAGAAUGUUUGUUUUUUUUCUAUGAAAUUUUGUUUUAUUCCACGGCAAAGUUUAUAACCCCCUUCGCAAAUAUUACAUAACACAAAAAUCAUAUAAAUACGAAUUUCAAAUGCAAAUUAUAUUUUAUUCUGGAUAUACUGAACACUUCAUAUGAAAAUAUAACUUGAAAUAAUUGAUAUGUUUUAGUAUUUUUUGUAGUUCAAUCACUCUAUGAAAUUGAAUUUAUAUUUUUGUAUUUAGGAUAUCUCAAAUUAUCAUUUAUAAAUGGACAUCACAACAUAUCUUUUGUACGUUAAUUAAACUUAUUUGUUUUUAUUGUAUUGUUUUAAUUUCACUGAUAAACAAUUCAAUUUCAUUUAAUUAAUUUUUAAUUGUUAAUUUUAUUCUGUAAGUAAAACAUCUAUCUGAUGAUAUGACAAUUAGAGAUUAUAAAAUAAGUUAUAAAAAUGUAUCCAAAGAAUUUCCAUUUUACAUUUCUUUUAGAAUGUAGAAUAGCAAGUUGUUUUACAUGACGCUUAAUUAUUUUAUGCGACGCCUAAUUUUGCAAUCUUGUACAGGUGAAGUUCACUCAAUGGAUUAAAUAGUGAAUAUUUAAUAUAGUAUUCCAGGUGCUGAAAGGGUUGAGAACCACUUAUC